CAACUCGGAAUUCCAAGUCGGAAACUCAGUGGCUCUUUCUAGAUCUCCGACUUUCCGACCUGACGUCACUGACGUCAUGACUUGAUCUUGUUUUUUCCCGAGUUCUCAGUGGUCUUGAAAGCACAAUAGGAACUGACUGAGACGAGUGGCUGGCACUUGGUAUAAACAUCAGCGCUUGGCGGUAUUACUGCUUUCUGACCAUCUUUGAGCGGUUUGAGCUACGCACCGCCCCUCCUACCUGUAAAUCUCUCUAGCAUUCAGUGGAGCGAGCGGCUCUGACAGGCACUAUCAACUGGCCGAACUGCGCGAUCCUGGGCUGGAUGAAGGGGAAGGAAUGGGGACAGUCAAUUGCGAAGGCGACAUCACCCGAGCGCUUGUAUGUCAGAAAGCGAACACGCCGCUAGAUGAUGUCGUUUGUGUUUUCGCAUCUUGGCAACAGUUUGGGGACUUGAAAUAGCUUCUGCCAUUCAAAAACCAUCGAGGCUAUCGAUUAAAUUGGCGUUUAGAAAAGUGAAAUCGAUUUUCCGCUGUUAAUCGACCGAAUCCCUGGAUGGAAGACGACUUGAGAGGUCAGACAGAAACUGUUUGAAGAAAACAGCCCCUUUUCAAUGUCGCUGCGCCUAUCAUAAUCUGAAACAUCAUUGGCAGCCUCGACGGCUGAUAGAUGAGACAGACCAUCUUUGCCAUGGCAUUGGUCCUGAAAAACUCGGAAAACCUCACAAAAUGAAAAGCGCUCAACGUUUGUCAUUACUGCGGAUUUAAAUGCCUCUCGCGAAUGGACACCGACCGGCUAUUUCGGUCCAGUUAGUGAGUGCGGCGUUUUCGACUGUCGCGGAAAUCUGAAAUAAAUUGAAAUAAACAUACAAUUAAUUAAGUGCGGGUGAGAAUAUACAACGCAUAGUUUUUUUAAAGCAAUAUGGCUGGUGAGUGGGGCUGGGGACGCUGGCAUAGGCUCGCCAAGGCUCCUAGAUGCUAGCUGAGGCGGACGCCACCGUUCCCCAUGGAAGCGGCAACUCUAUGAUGAGUAGAAAUAACUAUUUUAACAAAAAUCCGGACGCCUCGAUCUCGAUGUCCAAGAUGGACGUGAUCAUCCCCUUCUCGCCAGACGUGCCCUGCGACAACAAUGGCCAGCGCAUGUGGUGGGCAUUCCUCGCCUCCUCCAUGGUCACGUUUUUCGGAGGUCUCUUCAUCAUUCUCCUGUGGAGGACCCUCAAAUACCUGUGGACCGUCUGCUGCCACUGUAACAUCAAAAAGAAGGAUGCCCAGAAGGUAAAUAACCCUGCUAACAGUCAGGCAGCAGACGGAACAGCUAAGGGUCCUGAUGAGAAGGACGAAGUGGUCCCUGCCAGCGAGGUGGGCUGGAUGACCUCCGUGAAGGACUGGGCCGGGGUCAUGAUAUCAGCACAGACACUCACCGGCAGAGUCCUGGUUGUGCUAGUUUUCGCUCUCAGCAUUGGAGCACUUGGAAUAUACUUUAUAGAUUCUUCUGAUCCCAUAGAAUCCUGUCAGAAUUUCUACAAAGAUUUCACGUUACAGAUCGACAUGUUCUUCAAUGUCUUCUUCCUCCUCUACUUUGGCUUGCGGUUCAUAGCAGCCAAUGAUAAGCUGUGGUUCUGGCUGGAGGUCAACUCAGUUGUGGACUUCUUCACUGUUCCUCCUGUCUUCGUAUCUGUCUACUUGAACAGGAGCUGGCUGGGCUUAAGAUUCCUGAGAGCCUUGAGAUUGAUACAGUUCUCUGAAAUUUUACAGUUUUUGAAUAUCUUAAAAACAAGCAAUUCCAUCAAGCUGGUGAACCUGUGUUCCAUCUUCAUAAGCACAUGGCUAACAGCUGCCGGAUUCAUACAUUUGGUGGAAAACUCAGGGGAUCCUUGGGAAAACUUCCAAAAUUCCCAGUCACUUUCCUAUUGGGAAUGUGUCUACUUGCUCAUGGUCACUAUGUCAACAGUGGGCUACGGGGAUGUCUAUGCAAAAACCACCCUGGGACGCCUGUUCAUGGUCUUCUUCAUCCUCGGGGGUUUGGCCAUGUUUGCUCGCUACGUGCCAGAAAUUGCUGCUCUCAUCCUUAAUCGGAAGAAAUACGGAGGGAGUUAUAACUCAACACGAGGCAGAAAGCACAUUGUGGUUUGUGGUCAUAUUACGCUCGAAAGUGUCUCCAACUUCCUCAAAGACUUCCUACACAAGGACAGGGAUGAUGUCAAUGUAGAAAUUGUUUUUCUCCAUAAUAUUUCCCCUAAUCUUGAGCUGGAAGCCUUGUUCAAACGGCACUUUACCCAGGUAGAGUUCUACCAGGGAUCUGUUCUCAACCCUCACGAUCUGGCCAGAGUGAAGAUUGAGUCAGCAGACGCCUGUCUGAUUCUGGCUAAUAAGUACUGUCCAGAUCCCGAUGCUGAAGACGCCUCCAACAUCAUGAGGGUCAUCUCUAUCAAGAACUAUUCCCCCAAGAUACGAAUUAUCACUCAGAUGUUACAAUACCAUAACAAGGCUCACCUGCUCAACAUUCCUAGCUGGAACUGGAAGGAGGGGGAUGAUGCGAUCUGUCUAGCAGAGCUGAAGGCUGGCUUCAUAGCUCAGAGCUGUCUGGCCCAGGGCCUCUCCACCAUGCUGGCCAACCUCUUCUCCAUGAGGUCCUUCAUCGAGAUUGAAGAGGACACAUGGCAGAAGUACUAUUUAGAAGGGGUAGCUAAUGAGAUGUACACAGAGUAUCUGUCCAGUGCCUUUGUGGGGCUCUCCUUCCCAGCAGUCUGCGAGCUGUGCUACGUGAAGCUGAAGCUGCUGCUUAUCGCCAUCGAGAACAAAUCGGAGCUGGGAGAGAGCAGAAGCAGAAAGCGCAUCCUCAUCAACCCGGGGAACCACGUAAAGAUGCAGGAAGGAACUCUGGGGUUCUUCAUCGCCAGUGACGCCAAAGAAGUAAAGAGAGCAUUUUUCUACUGCAAAGCUUGUCACGAUGACAUCACAGACCCCAAACGGAUCAAAAAGUGUGGCUGCAAACGACCAGAGGGCGCUACAACACCAGGAAAAACGGGAAGUCAAAAAGAGACCGGCGUUCGGUUCAAAGCAGAUUGCAAUUUAGUUGAAGACGAGCACCCGUCAACUCUGUCACCCAAAAAAAAGCAGCGGAACGGAGGCAUGCGAAACUCACCCAACAACUCCCCCAACAUGAUGAGCAGGCAUGAUCCUCUACUAAUCCCUGGGAACGAGCAGAUGGAGAACAUGGACAUGAACUUGAAGCAGUAUGACUCCACAGGAAUGUUCCACUGGUGUCCGUCUAAAGAGAUCGAGAAGGUCAUCCUGACCCGGAGUGAGGCAUCCAUGACGGUGUUGAGCGGCCAUGUAGUGGUCUGUAUAUUUGGAGAUGUCACGUCCGCUCUAGUGGGGCUGCGAAACUUGGUGAUGCCUUUGAGAGCCAGCAACUUCCAUUAUCACGAGCUGAAACCUAUAGUGUUUGUGGGCUCGCUGGAGUACCUGAGGAGAGAGUGGGAAACCCUACACAACUUCCCCAAGGUCUCCAUACUACCUGGUACGCCAUUAAGCCGUGCAGAUUUAAGGGCUGUCAACAUCAACCUCUGCGACAUGUGCGUGAUACUGUCGGCCAAUCAGAACAAUAUCGACGACGCCUCGCUGCAGGAUAAGGAAUGCAUUCUGGCGUCGCUCAACAUCAAGUCUAUGCAGUUUGACGACAGCAUCGGGCUCUUGCAGGCUAACUCCCAAGGUUUCACGCCUCCUGGAAUGGACCGGUCCUCUCCAGACAGCAGUCCAGUACAUGGUUUAGCACGCCAGGCCUCCGUCACCACUGGCGCCAACAUCCCCAUCAUCACUGAACUAGCUAAACCUGGCAAAAUACUGCCUUUGGUUUCAUUCAGUCAGGAAAAAAAACUUGGAAUCAACAUACAAAUGAUAACUGAGCUGGUGAACGACUCCAACGUUCAGUUCUUGGACCAAGAUGAUGACGAUGACCCGGACACAGAGCUCUACCUGACACAGCCCUUCGCCUGCGGAACCGCCUUCGCGGUCAGCGUGCUGGACUCUCUCAUGAGUGCAACAUACUUCAACGAUAAUAUCCUCACCCUGAUCCGGACGCUGGUGACUGGGGGAGCCACCCCAGAGCUAGAGGCUCUACUGGCUGAGGAGAACGCCCUGCAAGGGGGCUACAGCACGCCACAGACACUGGCUAACCGAGACAGGUGUCGUGUUGCCCAACUGGCCCUGUACGAUGGGCCCUUUGCCGACUUGGGGGAUGGUGGUUGCUAUGGAGAUUUGUUCUGUAAAGCAUUGAAGACAUACAACAUGUUGUGCUUCGGAAUCUACAGAUUGAGAGACGCUCACCUUGCCACACCUAGCCAGUGUACCAAACGGUAUGUGAUCACCAACCCUCCGUAUGAGUUUGAGUUGGUCCCCACAGACCUGAUCUUCUGUCUGAUGCAGUUUGACCACAACGCGGGCCAGUCUCGGACCAGCCUUUCCCACAGCUCCCACUCCUCCCAUUCCUCCAGCAAAAAGAGCUCGUCCGUCCACUCCAUCCCCACCACCAACCGGCAGAACCGCAGCAGCAAGGCUCGGGAGGCUGGUCACAAACAGAAUGCAACAAGGAUGAAUAGAAUGAGCCAAGAAAAGAAAUGGUUUACAGAUGAACCAGAAAAUGCCUACCCACGGAACAUUCAGAUCAAGCCCAGGAGCACUCACAUGGCCAACCAAGUCAACCAAUACAAAUCCACUAGCAGUCUGAUACCACCAAUCAGAGAAGUUGAAGAUGAAUGUUGAAAACCAGGCCCCCUUGAUGACUCUUGAGAAUUCUGGACACUCUUACGAAAGGAGAUAAGAGAUGGCGAACAGGGAUGAUAAUGAUGAUUAAUUGGUCCCCACUCAUUCUACAGAUCAAGGGUUUGACAUAAAUACCACAACUGGAAGGGGCCUCCUAUGUGUAUACCUGUAAUGUUACUUCCAUGCUCUUCAUGUUUCAUUUAUAAAUCUUCCAUAGAGAUGUACAUAAUGACAAUCUAAUGAAGAUUGUACACUUCCUCCCCCUUAGCACUUUUUGAAAUUAUUUGAAGUUGAAGAGAGAAGAUUAAGUACUUCCUGUAAUUAUUUGCAAUAGUUCAUCACCUCUUCGUGUGACCAGACUCCAUGGCUACUGUAUUUUGAGGUUACUACUUGUUGUUGGAGGAUGAGCGUCAAGGCAGUUCGCUCAUCGUUCACCACAUCUCCCAAAGACGCCAUUGGGGCUGGCCACUCAUACACCGUGUCUGUUUCCGUUCUAUUUGCACUAAAACUGAUCACGUUAUUUUGCAACACGUCUACGGGAAACAUUGACAUCUCCCCAAAACAACACCCAUCACAGAAAUGUCAACCUUUUGGUUGUCGAUUCACUGAACGAGAGAAAGGCUGCUUGUCAUUUGAAGAGGUGUACAGCUGUACUGUGUACAGAUCCAUUACAUCACUGCUUAGGGUAUGCUACUGUAUGUCGACAUGCUGUUGAGUAAUCAUCUGAAUGAAUGCAUUCAAGUCCUGUAGAAUGAGAUCAUAUUGUAAAUCAGUUGUCUUGAGACUCAGAGUACUAUAAUAGAUAGUUCUGGGAUAAGCUGGUUGACCGUAUAUAGCUACACUGUACCUACAUCUGUUCUGGUGAUAUCACAAUGGCUAUGGAUCAUAAUGAUGUCUUUGACCGUGUUUGAAGCUCCUAUCAUCGCAUGGUGCCUGAGCCCUUUUAUAACAAUACAGAGCAGAUGAUCAACUUAACCUGAAAACAUGAACGGGACGAAGGACAAUCUUGUCCUAUCCCUUAUGUGUAAACAUGAAAGGGGUGAAUGGACAACUUUGUCUCGUCCCUUGUGAACACGUUAAUUGAGUGAAAGGACAGCCUUGUACACAUCUUGCAUAUGGCACGUGUGUACUGUACGUGGCAGCAAUGUGUCCCCUCAAUAAAAACAUUUGUGGUACAUCUGAGUUAAAUGCACUAAUUAGUGUCGUCAUCUCUCCAUCCGUGUGUAUGUGAUGGUGGUUCAGCCUCUGAGGGAGCAGCAUGUGGGAUCAAGGCUUCAAACAUGAAAGACGUAUCGGAACUAGCUCUGUCUGGGGGUUGCCGAUCAACUAAUGAACUAAGCAAACACGUUUCUAUGCUCACCAUCAUGCCCAGUCACAUCACCGGUAAUACAACACCUAUGAUUGAGCUGAAUAAAUGUGAACAAACAUUAGCUGUGUGCCCUAAAAAUGUAAGGGAAGCAAUUAAGCCCAAACCUAUUUAAGAACAAAAGAAUAAGCAUAUAAUUUCAAUAUUUUUUUGUCUGUUGAGAAAUUUGGAGAAACAAUGCCACAUAUUGCGUAAAAUGGGCAUCAGUGGGUCCUCCUUUGACCAGAGCCACCACUGCCUGGCACAGGGUUGGUAACAGAGGCAGCAAAGAGCUUGGAUGUUCUCCGCUGCCAAUCCUGAUGUGAUCAUGACACCUCUAAACACUAUGUUGGUAGACAUUAAGGAAAAAGCUCAAUCAUAGUUUUGCCACUGAUGACGAUUCUCCGCUGGAGAAUACUGCCUGUGUUCUUCAUGUCAUUCUGGUCCAGGCGCAAGACAGUGCGUGUUAAAAAUGGACCAUUUCUAUUUUGUUUUUGAUCCAGAGCAACCCAGACAGAGCUGCAGCCUUGGGGAGGAGAGGGUAUGGUGUCACAAAUGAACCAACUAAAAACUUAACCUAGAUACUUUAAACAUACAAAUAUGAUUAUUUUAUAUUCAUAUGAGCGUACUUAUUUUUACACAUGACGUAGUGAGAAACACUUUGUGAAAGCAAUCCAUUAUUAUUAUUAGGCCUAUAAUUACAUCAGAUUAUUUUAUUUCUAAAUGAAUCACUGUAUUUAACAUAAUCAUACCAAAAUGAUUCAUAUCAAUUCUGAAAUGCUUAUAAUUAGAAAUGCAUCAUUGAGGAAGAGUAGAAGUCCCCUCUCUUAUCCCUGAUAAAGUAUAGUGAUUUAGGGCGCUAUUCAAUCCAUUAUCGCUGAAGUUCAACAUUACAGUUGGGUGUAAAUGUAAAGGCAAUGUUUCCACUUUAGCAGAGACUGCAUUCACGAUAAACGCUGCAUAUGUCCAGUGGUGGAAAAGUACCUAUUGUCAUACUUGAGUGAAAGUAAAGAUACCUUAAUAGAAAAUGACUCACGUAAAAGUGAGUCACCCAGUGAAAUACUACUUGAGUAAAAGUAUUUGGUUGUAAAUAUAUAUAUUUGAAAGUAUAAAUAAUUUCAAAUUCCUUAUAUUAAGCAAACCAGGCAGCAUUUUCUUGUUUUUAAUUUAUUUAUGGAUAGCCAGUGACACACUCCAAGACUCAGGCAUAAUUUACAAACAAUGUAUGUAGGUGUUUGUGUUAAGUGAGUCCGCCAAAUCAGAGGAAUGACCAGGGAUGUUCUCUUGAUAAGUGUGUGAAUUGUUGUCAAAAAUAUUAAUAGUAAAGUGCAGAUACCCCAAAAAACUACUUAAGUAGUACUUCAAAGUAUUUUUCCUUAAGUACUUUACAUCACUGCAUAUGUCGGCUCAAUCGGAAAUUACAUGUACAUUUCUAUCGCACAAUCUGUAACGCUUCAGUGAUACAGAUUGACUAGAGUCCUAAGUCAAUAUUGUAUAAUAGAUAACAUAAAUCUAAUGAGAGCCCGAAGUCAAUAUUGUAUAGGAGAUCUAACUCUGAGCUUCUGUCUCAACUGUUGAGUGCUCCUCAAAACGUAAAUGGGCUUAGUUGAAGGAUCUCUGUAGCUGUAUUGAUAAAUUUUAUUGUACUGCUCAUUUUCAUCUGUAAGCAAAUACGAAUAUUUUUGUCUGAAAUAAACAGAACGUAAACAAUCACAAACAAACUUGAGUUUCAAUGGGUGUAAAUAAUACCCGACAGUAAGCCAAUCGGAAAAGUGCAUGAAGGCCCUAUCUGAGGCAUUUAGCCAUUCGUUCUGUUCUGAGAGUAAAACUGGGUGACCUCUACUAUCAAUGAUUGACCUAAAUUAGGUCUCUUAGUAAGGAGAGACACAUUGAAGUAUUGUUUUGUGGAUGUAUAAUGUCACUCUUCAUGGACGUGUGUUUCUAACUAUGUGACAGAUUGUUAGAACAUCAUCAGGUAGUUUGCAUUGAACAGAUAGCCAUGAUAUUAUAGACUAAGAUAAUGUUUUCUAAAGACCUGUCAUUCUUGACAAAAAAAGGACAUAUAUUUGUGUCUAAAUAUGUUGUGUAUAUUCAGCCAUUAUAUAGAUUUUUCUGAAGCAAAAUGUCCUCAGCUUUCUGUCUGUCUAUUGGGUGUGGUGCGACUGCUCAUAAACAUUCUGUCCUGACGUGAACUUCUGAAGCUUUUGUGCUUACAUUGUUGUAACACUUUGUAGCAAGUAUAAUUAUUUUCAGAAAAUAUGUGAGUAAAAAUGUAUAUAUAAUUGGAUUGUUAAUAAUAUACUCACUAGCCUGAAAAACAAGGAAUUCAUCUUUGACACGGACAAUGACUUGAUUCAUAACACAUACUAUUGACGAAGGACAAAAUUAUUGUUUUGUCAUAAAUGGAAAAAAAAUGUCAACUUGACUUGAGCAGGUUUAACAGGACCUGGUUAUAUGAACCAUCACAGAGGUGCAGACAUAAGCUGGUACCAGUUCAGCAAAGCUUAUCACAGUACAGAGAGAACAUACUUCAUUUAGUUUCUUAAAAUAGUUUCUUUAUCAGGGUUUACAUUCCAUUGUGUCAGCUCUCGUCAUGUAUGUCACCAUAGUAAUAUCCAUGGAUUGUUUGGAACUCAUUUGUAUUAUUUGUUUACAGUUUUAUUUUUUUAUUCAGAGGUACUUAAAUAAAUAUCACUUUACUCAAAUCAAAUGGAACAAAUCACAACCUAAACAGAUGCAUACUUACAGAAUAGUCUACCAGUGUAUUUCAUUAUAUCUGAAUGUUUUUUUAUUUUCAAUACUUGUACCCACAAUUUGUGUGACUGUUUUGACUCAAACUGGAAAAGACAUUGGACUGAAAUCUGUUCUUACAUUAAACUGUAUCUCUUUUUGGUACAAAUACUCCACAAAUCUAUGGUACUGCUGUAGACCAUAUCGUACGUUCGUACACGUCUUUGCAAUGUACGCCUCUAAAGUUAGUGUUUUGAAGCGCCAUGGAAAGUGUUGUUGAACAAGCAUCAUUCAGUCAUUCACUGACUCACUAACUCGGAAUGAGUAGUAGAAUGAGUUAAUUCUUCUCAGAAAGGGAAGUAAAUGUAUGUGACUUAUACUGGCGUGGAGAACAUCCAAGCCAUCAAUGCCCCCAUGCCAGUAUAGUGCCAGGCAGUGCUGUAGGUCAAGAGGGCCCAUUUCAAGACCCACUAUAGCGAAAAGUGGCAUUGAAAAGGAGGGACCAUGGGGCAGGGACAUGGGGCUCAUCAACCCUCAAAGUAUCAUACAUCUGUGUUGGUCGUAUUGUCUGUAGCUUAAGGUACCUAUCUUGUUGUUAGGCGACUGCAGGGAGAGAUGUUAAAACAUGUGUGGUAGAAGGUCUGAAUGACUGAAGGAUGCACAGAGAGCACAGGCCAGGCUGUUUCAUGUGCUCUGGAGUGUUUUGUCCGCUUAAGAUAGUCAGGACUAGGAAACGUCACACAUCACUGUUACAGUAUGUUACAUAUUUUUGUUUAUCUAUUUUGUUACUGUAAAGGAUGGAUAAAAUAACUUAUUUGUUGGAAAAUGUACUAGAUGUAAUAAAAUGUAUAAAACUAUGGGGGGAUUUAAGUCUUAACAACACAUUGAAAUUGCAGGUGGCAAUUUUUGUUGAUUUUUUUAGGAAAAAAAGAAACUUGCAGUAUUUUGGAGGGUGGGCUGCCUAUCAGUUCGGGUGGAAUUCAGGACAUUGCUCUCACACGUCACAUAUCUGAUUCUUUGGCACAUGGUCAUUGCCGAAAUCAGGAGUUUCACAUAGCAGUCUACUUAGUUUGGAUGGAUACAUGGAGGAUUUGAUGGUGCUGGGUAGAUCUACCUGACUCUGUCAAAUAUAAUCAGCUGAAAAUAUACUGUCUUGUACAAAAAGUUUGUACAUAAAUUGUACAUGGUUUCUUUUUGUAUUUUCUCAAAUUAAAAUGGAUGUAUUUGUGUUCUAAAACUGGAA